AACGAACGAUUGUACAUACAGAGCUUUACAUAGGCAGAUGACGCGCUCAAGCUCCAUCACAUUGUUCACUGUUCGCUCGACGUCGUCGAAGAAAGUGGUAAGGUUACUUGACCAUUACCAAGGUGAAGUUAUAUUGGUGACAACAGACCUUGAUGUACGAGAUGUAGACGUGAGAAAUUUUUUCAGGAAGUUCCACGCCGCCUAUGUUGAUGCAGUAAUGAACCCAUUUCACAUUCCGGAAAUAUUGGGAUUUAGACAAUCGAUUUAUUCUGGAAUAGCAAGUGAAUGGUUUACACCAAGAUUUGGAUUCGAUGUUGGUUGCUACACUGUAUCAAACAUUAUCGAGGAAGUUACCUGA